GUCGGCAUGCUAAGCAUGGUAUCCAAAACAGUUAGCCAGAUUGUUAUCAAUCAUAUCGCAACCUCCUCAGGAAGCAAGAGGCUAUUACCACAGGACUUUCAUAACUUUGAGCUGCCUGACAGGAGACAAGACUUCAUUAUUCUGGACUACUACAGAUCUCUAGGUGUGCUGUUCAAAAGAUGCACGUUGCUGCUGCCCACCAAGGAAAGGCUAAAGUGCAUUCACAGGAUACUCUCGGAAGUUGCCUGCUUUAAAUUCAAUGGCUGUGCAGCUCCCAUGCAGUGCUUAGGACUAUCGUGUUAUGGCAUGAUUUUACAGACCUUGACAGCAGGCUGGGAUGAACGCGAAUGCCAGCGUGUUUACAAUUUCUUAUGCGAGUUGACCAGCCUGUCUCGCAAGAUGCAGACUGUUGUCUGCAGCAAACCAGGAAGCACCCGAAAGUUGGAGCUAAGGAUCAGACUGUUUUGUAGGAAUGUCCUGCUUGAUCACUGGAUCCAUCAAAGUGACUCAGCUUUCUGGCUGACACGAAUAUUAAAACCAUGGCCGAUGGUGAACCAGGCACGGUUACUAUAUAUUAUCUUCGGGCCAACAUCGCCCCAGGAUGGACUCGUGGCUUGGCAGAAGAUGACAGAAAGCCCUGCAGACGAACUCAGUCUGAAAGGCUUAGCUGAUGCUAUUAAAUUGCUGUAUGAUACGUGUGCCAAAGAGUGGACAGCAGACGACAUCAUCAGUCUGAUAGAUGAACUGUCAGUGGUGCCCCGGGAGUGGCUGCUGGAGAACAACGCGCACCUUCUGAUCCUCAGCGGGAACAGCAUCUGCUUCACAUUCAUGGCCAGCAAGGCGGUGAACGGCCGGACCCUGGAGCUGGCGCGCCUCGUGGUCUUCCUGGCGCUGGUGUGUGAGAAAGAGCUCUACUGCAUGGACUGGGCAGUGAAGAUGAUGCAGAGGGUGUGCCAGGUGUUCAGCACCCCGGGGGAGCGAGGGGCCUUCCUGGAGAACGUGGCCAACACAUUCGCCUGUGUUACCAUGGAGAUGCUGCAGGCUGUGAUGUCAGGAGGCCGCGAGGAGGACAACAGAGGCUUCCUGAGCCUGUUCCACCUGGUGCAGGCGCAGGCCGGCUUCCACAAGGAGGUGCUGCGCGCAGCGCUGGAGGUGGCGGCUCCCUGAGCACCACUGCUGCGCGCCCCGCCGCUCCAGCUCGGCUCCUGCUGGUGGAGGCGGAAACGGUGACCCGUGACUGGUGACCCGUGACCGGCGGCGUCCCCGGCCGAGCGGGCUGGGGCGAGCAGCUGAGAAACGCGAGGUGCCGAGCAAGAGCGGGGCCCGGCGCCCAUCGUCCACCUUUCGGGGUCCAGCUGUAACCCUGCUGGUGCGAAGAACUUUCCCCACUCUAGCAUUUGCAGAUUCACGCAGAAGCACAGGCCUUGCUUCUGUCUCGGUUUCAUUUUCUUGUGAACUGAAGAAUUCGCGCCUCCUGGGGCCUGCGGCCCACCUCUGGGCCGUCAGGGUCCUCAGUGUCUCAGGGUUGCGUGCUGUCUCCUCCCCUUCCCUGUUCUCCCCAGCCGCUCCGAAAAGCCUAAUAGAUGUGUUUAUGGAAGCACCGGUCAUUACAGUGAUUGUUUUGGAGGGAAAGGAAAAAUAAAAAGUUAAAAUGUUAAUAUAUUGACUAUUUUACAGAUUUUACUAAAUAGAUAGAAAGUCUCAUUUUCUUACGGAAAGCAAACUGGCAUUAGGAAGUUUCCUUAUUCACGGAGCCUCCACAGCCGCGAUUUGCCCCAGGUCUGUGGAAGAGGCCGGCUUAAUGUACUUCCGUUGUCAGUCUCACCGAGGAGGCCAGGCUGACUAUGAACUCACUCACAGCGACCCUCCUGCCUCAGCCUCCCAAGUACUAGGAUUCCAGGUGUGUGCCAGCAUGCUCGCUGGCUUCACUUAAAACUUCUUUGCUCUGAGUUUCUUUUUCAGGGCUGGGUGUUGAACUUAGGGCCCCAUGAGCUCUGUCCACAGCCCCACCUGAUGUACAUUUGUAAUCUUAUGCCCUUGAAUUGACAGAAUUUGCCGGUAUAAAUUCUUUAAAAUUCACAUGCUCUGAUAAUGCUUGAGAAUUGUGAGAUUAUCUUUCUCUUCUCAGAAAUUUAGGUAAGGUGCCCGGAGUUUAGCUUAGCGGCCUAAGUGCCUGCUUGACAAAUGUGAAGUUGUGAGUUCAAUCCCUGGUACCAAAAAAAAAAAGAAACAAAAGAAAUUUGGAUAAAAAAUGUACUGUUUUGUUUUGCGUGUUUGUGGUGCUGGGGACUGAACCCAGGGCCUCACACACAGGGCGAGCACACCAUUGCAGGCUACCCCGUCCUGAGCCCUUUGGGCACAGGGGACAAAGGCUUCCAUCUAACCGACCCCUGAGGAAGCUGGCAGAUUCCUUUUUAACCUUAUGGAUACAAUGGUGACCAAAUUUGCAUUUUCUACAAUUCAAUGUCCCACUUUUGCUGAGUGCAUUUGUCACAAGGAAUAAGGGGUGUCCAGAGUGCCCGUGGGGUUACCGUGCAAGUGCAGGUCUCGCUGACAUCAACUGAUGUCAGCUGGCAUGUGGCAGUCACACCGCCAUCAAAAAGUGGUGCGUGCCAGGAACCCACCUCAGAAGCCAGAGCUGCUGCACACGAUGGCCCAGACCCCUUAGCCUGUGCCUCGCCCCAACUUUUUUCUCUUUUCUUGUUUUUCCUUCUUGACAGUAGUGGGCAUCAAACCCAGGGCCUCACAGUGCCAGGCAAGCACAGGACCACCGCAUGACACCCCCAGCCUCAGCCCUUUUUCUAAAUCAGCUACGUCUCCAUUAGCAGCCUGGGCUUCCAGCGCUGUUUUUCCCAGUACAGUGUUUUUCCCAGCUUGCUUAGAGCUGGGUGUGUGCUUUGCUUUUGAGUUUACUUGAAGGCAAGCUCAGUGACAUCAUUAUUUCAUCUUUAUCAUCAUCAUCAUUAUUAUUUUGUUUGAGACGUAGUCUCGGUUUUCUUUGGGGGCUGGGAGCUGGAUCUGGCCUGCUAGUUCAGGCUGGCCUCAAACUCACUAUGUGGGGCCAGGAAAAUGGGUCAGUGGCCCAGAGCCUGCGUGGCAAAGGUCCUGAGUUCGGUUCCUAGUACCAAAAAUAAAAUCCUCACUAUGUAACCCAGACUGGCCACAAACUCAUGGUCACCCUCCUGCUUCAGCUGUCCAAGUGCUGGGAUGACAGAUGUGCACCACCAUGCCUCGUUGAUUACAGAUUUUUAUGCCAAUAAAUAUUGUAAAGACUUGGUGAUAUGCUCAGGAGGCUGAGGCAGGAGAAUCGCCACAAGUUCAAAGCUAGCCUGGACUACAUAGCAAGAUUCUGUCAAAAAACCAGAAUAAACUAAUAAAUGUAAAGAGUAGAAACAAGGCACUACAAAAGCUUGACUGGUUACUGGACACCUUAGGAGCGAUGUGACUUUUGUGGUCAUUCUACCACCAGGUAGCUGGGAAGCCUGGCAGAGCUGGGAAGUCAGGGACAGACAUUCCUCAGUUUAUUGAUGCAUCACUAAGUCAGGAAAGAUGAGCCGGGCAUGGCGGCCCACACCUGUAAUCCCAGCAGUCAGGAAGCUGAGGCAGGACGAUCCUUGCAAGUUCAGGGCCAGCCUGGGUUCCAUAGUGAAGGCCAGCCUGAACUGCACAGUGAGACCCUGUCUGAAAAAGACAAAAAAGACAGGAAAGACAACUUGAAAGCAGCUGACUGGACAGUGUCACCCAGGUUAAAAGCAAAAACCGCAAAGGACUAAGAAUACUUUUUUUCAAGAAAAUGUAACUCCAGAAAUCCAUCAAAAACUUGUCCAGCCUUUGAAAGGUCUUAAAUUUUAAGAAGGAUGCUUGUGGAUAGCCUAAGAUCAUUGCUCUCUCUUUCUUUUUGGUUUACUUUCCUUUAUCUUGGUUUAUUUUUGUUUGCAAGCUGAGUCCCUCUCCCCUGGCACUGGGCCUCAGGCCCACAGGCCCACACAACACUGUGCUGCUGGUAAAUGCCUACCAUGCCUCAUAUUUAACAUUUGCUACAUUUUAUUAAUUUAUUUAGAUUAAUAAAAUUAACUGAAAACA